GAGCGGCGGCGGCGCGUGGGGCGGCGCGUGUUGACAGCGGCGGCGGGAGUCGGCGCCUCGGGUUCCUUCCCCGCGCGUCCUGAGGCGGCGGCGGCGGCCGGGCGUCCUCCCCGGGAUGGCCUUCAUGGAGAAGCCGCCGGCCGGCAAGGUGCUGCUGGACGACACGGUGCCGCUGACAGCAUCCAUCGAGGCGAGCCAGAGCCUGCAGUCCCACACGGAAUAUAUCAUUCGGGUGCAAAGAGGAAUUUCUGUAGAAAAUAGCUGGCAGAUUGUUAGAAGAUACAGUGACUUUGAUUUGCUGAACAACAGCUUGCAGAUUGCAGGCCUAAGUCUACCUCUUCCUCCCAAAAAGCUGAUUGGUAACAUGGACCGUGAGUUCAUUGCCGCGAGACAGAAGGGUCUGCAGAACUAUCUCAACGUCAUCACCACAAACCACAUCUUGUCGAAUUGUGAACUGGUUAAGAAGUUUUUAGAUCCCAACAACUAUUCCGCAAACUACACUGAGAUUGCCUUACAACAUGUUUCCAUGUUCUUCCGGUCAGAACCAAAGUGGGAGGUUGUAGAACCGUUGAAAGACAUAGGUUGGAGGAUAAGGAAAAAAUAUUUCUUGAUGAAGAUUAAAAAUCAGCCAAAAGAGCGGCUAGUGUUAAGCUGGGCUGACCUUGGCCCGGACAAGUACUUGUCAGAUAAAGAUUUCCAGUGUCUCAUCAAACUUCUGCCUUCCUGUUUGCAUCCUUACAUCUACCGGGUUACCUUUGCGACAGCCAGUGAGUCUUCAGCAUUGCUAAUUAGGAUGUUUAAUGAAAAAGGAACUUUGAAGGAUCUGAUCUACAAGGCGAAACCAAAGGACCCAUUCCUAAAGAAGUACUGCAAUCCUAAAAAGAUCCAGGGCCUUGAACUCCAGCAAAUAAAAACAUAUGGACGGCAAAUACUAGAGGUUUUAAAGUUUCUGCAUGACAAGGGAUUCCCUUAUGGGCACCUUCAUGCCUCCAACGUGAUGCUCGAAGGAGACACUUGCCGACUGCUAGACCUUGAGAAUUCCUUACUGGGUCUGCCUUCCUUCUACCGAUCUUACUUCUCACAGUUCCGGAAAAUCAACACCUUGGAAAGUGUGGACGUCCACUGCUUUGGACACUUACUGUAUGAAAUGACUUACGGACGACCACCAGACUCAGUGCCUGUAGACUCCUUCCCUCCUGCACCAUCCAUGGCUGUGGUGGCCGUGUUGGAGUCUACGCUGUCUUGUGAAGCCUGUAAAAAUGGCAUGCCCACCGUCUCCCGGCUCUUACAGAUGCCAUUAUUCAAUGAUGUCUUACUAACCACUUCUGAAAAGCCACAGUUUAAGAUCCCCACAAAGUUAAAAGAAGCAUUGAGAAUUGCCAAAGAAUGUAUGGAGAAGAGACUCGUAGAAGAACAGAAGCAGAUUCACCAGCAUCGGAGACUGACAAGAGCUCAGUCACACCAUGGAUCUGAGGAAGAGAGGAAAAAGAGGAAGAUUUUAGCACGAAAGAAGUCAAAACGAUCUGGGAUUGAAAAUAAUGAGGAGCAGUCCACAAAGCACAACUCCAAUAACUCAGGGUCUGGGGCCAGCUCACCUCUCACAUCCCCAUCAUCACCGACUCCACCCUCUACAGCAGGAAUGUCUGCAUUACCUCCGCCACCGCCGCCUCCACCACCACCGCCUCCACCACCACCGCCACCAGCAGCUCCCUUGCCUCCUGCCAACACAGAGACACCUGCACAGCUCUUGCCCCAGGCUGUGAAUGGUGGGGGCCGAGGGGCCCUGCUCAGUUCCAUCCAAAAUUUCCAAAAAGGAACUUUGAGGAAGGCCGAGACCUGUGACCACAGCGCUCCGAAGAUCAGCUGAAGCUUCCUGUUUACACUUGGAGGGAACCAUUCCUUUCCUGCCUUCCACCCCCCUACUCUGAAGUACCCUCUUUGGGGCUGAAUGGUUGUUGAAUGCACUGUCUGGCAGAUGCUCCCCUAAGAGGUUUUCCAUGAAGGAACUCUUCAGUCUGUCGGUCCAGCACUG